AUGUGGAAGAAGAACCUUAGAUCUAGAGGCCCCGUGAUUGGCAAUCCAGUGCUCCUGACGACGACUUUCGACAAUGCGACGCUGGAGAACAUGACGACUGUCACUACUCCUACUAAUAAUAAUCAGAACUACAACAACCACAACCAUCAUGACAACGACCGGCAUAGUCCAUCUAUUAAGCCGACAGAGCCGGAUUUGCGCAGACCCAAUCCCCCUUUCCGACCGCCAGUCGCAUCAUCUAUAUAUUCAAAGCGGGAUUCCUACGCUGCAGGCAACAUGGCGUUAGCCGAUCAUGACGUGCAUCCAUCGAGAAGGAACCCCAGGCCCUAUCAGUCGGAGUUCCGUGACAGCCAAUACACCGAUAUAUCGCCUCCAGAUUCUCCUGUUUUUGCUCCCACCGGCCAUCGUGAAAGCCCCGAUGUAUCUCCCAUUGACAAUAACCCGCCACAGUUCCCACCUCCCAGACCACCUCUCAGGGAACCCCUUAGGGAAGGCCGGCUCCCGAGUGCUGUGCCCGUACCGUCCAAAAAUGUCACUCGCAAACCCAAUGCAGCACCCACGCCAGCACCACCUCAAUCAUAUGCAUCAUCUUCUCCGGCAUCUCCAAAUCAGGAAUCGAAACGGCUCACAAGGUGGGAUGAUUUUUCUGGGGAACCCACUCACGACGAGAAGGGCAAAAUAGCUCAAGCCACUCCCGGAAGCGUUGUUCCUCCGGAGAACCCGCCGACCAAACAGUCAUCUAAGCAGGGGUUUAAUUUCAUAGCCAAAGGGAAAGAGUUGAAUCAGGCAAGAAGAAAAUUUAUGGAUGGCCGGCGCCAUACUGAUAAGAACGAUAAAGAUGAUCCGGCCCUUUCACCCAGCUCCCAAGAGCCAUGGAAAGGUGCAAGUGGGCGAGCAGCCAUUGUUAAACCCAUAGAAACGAAGGAAACUCCUCGACCGCGACCGCCGCAGACUAUUCAAACCCAACCCCGAAAAGUCAGUGCCCCAGGAAUAGAACGCAAAUCACUCCCUCGCAAUAAUGCCGCUAGCGGACUUCCACCCCUUACGAUAUCUAAAUCGAAAGCCGUAGGCAGUGCACCUGAUGAUCCAACCAUCAAACCUAUUGUGCCAUUAAAAGCAGGUAAUAACACACCGACAUCCGCCAAAAGCCCUUCGACUCCUACUUCACGGUCGAUAAGCAACGGGACUCCAGCGCGAUCCGAAACUCCCCGGCCGACGGAGCAUGGACCUCCCGACCCGGAUCUUACUACCGGGCUCCAAAACGUAAAUUUAGAAGAACAGCCAUCGAGCCGUUUCAGCACGACUACAUAUGCAACGACCGAAGCUCCAAGCAGCCCUCCUGGAACACCACGUGCUCGAAUGGCCGAGAAAGAUGCCCCUCCCCUCCCUGCAAUUCAUGCAGAAAGGACAGAAACUAUAUCAUCGCGGACCUUUGUCAGAGCCACUAAGCGCAAACCAACACCAUCAGAAAUUACAUCGUCAUCUGCAAAGACAUUACCCCGCAGCCCUCCUGAGCUGGAAGCCGAAAACCGCAUCGAGGCGAUGGAAGCUCGGCUCAAAGAUCUCGCCCAGCGCAGAGGUAAUAUCGAUACGAUCCUCCAUGAGUUGACGCAGGUAAUACAGCCCAGUUCCAUCGCCUAUGAUCUCGCGACGAGGAGCGAGGUCAAGAAGUCGGUCAACAGCUUGAACAACGAACUUAUGGAGAUUAGGAAGGAGGAACAUGAUGUGGGAAUGAAGUUGAUGAGGGCGAGGAAGAAGCAGGAUCAGGGAGAUUACUAUCAAGGGUCCAGCAUUUGGGUUAAGAGGGUUACUGAGGAUUACUGAGGAAAUUUUUUUAUUAUCUGGCAGUUCUUUCUUUCUCACCAUAUUUUCAUUACUACAUUUGUCCCUGCUUCAAUCUCCGUUUAAGCAGCCCUAGUUCCCUCUCAACCCCUGCCACAUUUUUG